AUGUGCCUUAGCAGGACGGCCAUCACAACGACCACCGGAGCCACAGGUGCGUCUCACGAAGGAGCCGUAAUGAUAGUAGCACCAAAACGUGCCAUUGACGUGUUGAAUUUCGAGUUGAAUAGUCAUUUCGGAAGGGGAUGGUCUACGACCGUCUACCCCAGCAGAACCUCUGCUCAACUUGAGGAGGGACACAAGCCUCGGACGCUCGUCCUAGCAGUCAAGAACAUGACUUCGGCAGAGUUCAUUCAGGAGCAAUGUCAUUACUUUCUAGUCACUUAUCAAUACGUCUUAGGGAGAUAUGAAGGAAGUUGGGUCGCCACAAAAUUGGAAGUCACGCUCCCCUAA